AUGUCGGGUCUCUUCGCCUUUGUGCUGCUCGUCAGCGGUAUGGGCGUAGGCACGCUCGUCUGCGGUCUCAUACCCCUCUCUCUACCCUUGUCACAUCGCAUGAUGCGCAUUCUCGAAGUGUUUGGAGCUGGCCUCCUCGUCGGAGCUGCCGUCACUGUCGUCAUUCCAGAAGGUUCCAGCUCACUCUUCUCCAAUGUCACGCCGCAAGCGCCGUCUGCGCCAAACCUAUACACAGACAUGCUCCAUUCUGCAGCUGCUUUCACGCCCACAGCUCAGCCCCAAGCAGGCUCAAUAUCGGGCGCACAAGCAUCACAAGAGCCGUGGGCUUGGUCGUUCAUCACGAAAAGGUCAGACGAGCCAUCGCCUGGCCACGAUCGUGGCAAUCACGGCCACGAGCAUGGACACGAGCACGACGAUCAUGACGGGAGUACCUUCACACAAUCUGACGCAGAGCAUCGUCUCGGAAGCAGCAUCCUCUUCGGAAUCGUUCUCAUGUACAUCAUCGACCAGCUCACAUCCUCCUCUGCGGAUCCAUCCCACGAUCACAACUCAGACAAGGUCCGAGAUCACCACCACGGCGGUGACUAUGCAUCCACGCCUGCGCGUCCGCGUCUCGAGGCGCACCGUCUCUCCAAAUCCUUCCAUCACAGAACAGAUCCAUCGGCACCGCCCAACACCAUCCACAAGGUCACCAGUCGAGCUUCAUUCACCGUCUUUGAUCGCUCACAGCACGGAAUCGACGAAGAGGCGCAGACGGCAAGCGCAGCUGUUGGAGGAAACUCGUCAUCUACAGAUGCACCCCACCGUCGAGUCGAGAGCGUAGCGACAGCUUCGAGCAGCAGCGACCAGGACUUGCCCGAUGAUUAUGACGAUCACGACGCAGACAGCUACCGCCACUCUGAUCUCAAGCGCAGUGCGCACAGCAAUCGCGAAUGGCACAGCUCACCACGCAGCAGCACAACGCUUCAUCGUGAUGGCCUUGAUCACGAGGUCUCCGUCGGUGCUCCCUUACUCCACCGUCAGACCUCUGCCCUCAGCAACGCCCGCCCCGCUUCCAAACGCUCCAGGUCCAUGUCGUCCUCCCACGCAGCCAACUCGACAUUUGGUCAAGCGCUCACCACUAUCGUCGGUCUGCUCAUUCACGCUGCAGCAGACGGAAUUGCGAUGGGUGCCUCGGCCCAAUCGGGCGAUGAGACGCUCACCAUGGUCGUUUUCAUCGCCAUCAUGGUACACAAGGCACCCGCAGCUUUCGGAUUGUGCGCCAUGCUCAUGUCACAGCGUCUUUCGCGCACAUCCAUCCGCAAAGCUGUUGCCAUCUUUGCCCUCGCAUCCCCCGUCGGUGCGCUAGUCACCUACGGUUUGCUCGCCUUGUUCUUCGAUUCUGGCCUUUCCGCCGUACACGGCGCUACAGCAGAUGCACAGGGCGGUAUCGACGGCAAGAGUAUCGGCACCGCGUUGGCAUUCUCUGGUGGCACUUUCCUGUUUGUCGCUUUCCACGCCGUACUCGAGCUCGCCGGAGCUGAAGCCGACACCGUUCCAACGCAUUCGGCCAGUGCAGAUGCGCCGGGCGAGACUCAGAUCCUGGGCAAGUGGCUCAGAAUCGUACUGCUCAUCGCCGGAGCGUGCACGCCUAGGAUGCUUCAAGGUCUGUUGGCCAGCUUGGGUGCCGGCGAAGGUCAUCAUCAUUGA